AUGGAGAUAAAGUAUUUAGAUGAGAUAGAAGAUCAUAUCAAAAAAGAGUUUCUAAUUGAAAAAUAUAUUGGUAAAGGAUCUUAUGGUAUAGUAUGGAGAGUUAAAGAUCUUAAAACAUAAAAAAAAUAUGCCCUUAAAAAAGUAUAAAAUCUCUAAUUUGUAUAAGAUUUUUAGAGCAUUUAGAAAUUGUACUGAUGCUAAAAGAACUGUUAGAGAAGUGAGUUUUCUAAGUUAAUUAUCUAAUCAUGAUAAUAUAAUUAAAUUAGAAAAGGUUAUCAAAUCAUAAAAUUAGACUGAUCUGUAUUUAGUAUUUGAAUAUGUAGAAUCAGAUCUUCAUAAAGUAUUUAUUCAUAAUAUCUAAGGUAAUCCAAUAAAAAAUAUUAUUACCUAUCCAUCAGAAAUAUAUAAUUUACUAAAUACUUCUAGUUCUUUAAUAUCUUCAUUCUGGAGAAUUAAUACAUAGGGAUCUAAAGCCAGCAAACUUGUUAUUAAAAAAGUCUUGCAUUAUUAAGUUAGCAGACUUUGGUUUGGCACGCUGUGUUUAAGAUUUGGAUGAGAGUAUUUUUUUUAAAUUACUAAAUCUUUAAAGCAAUUCCUGUUUAUACAGAAUAUGCUGCUACUAGAUCAUAUCAAGCUCCAGAAAUCCUCUUUGGUUCUUAAAAUUAUUCUUAUGCUGUUGAUAUGUGGAGUGUAGGCUGUAUAUUAUUUGAGAUGCUGACUGGCUAAGUCAUGUACAAUAAGGAAGCUAUAUAUGAUUAAAUUUAAAGCAUUUUUGAAUUUCUAGGAACACCUGAUGAUUAAGAUAUUGAAUCGUUUAAACUUAAAAAUCCUGAAAAUCUUCGAUUCUAGACAUAAUUAUUUUAAACUAAGUAAACUUUUAGGAUGCAUUAAAUACUUGAUGCUUACGAUCCGAAAGCCAAAGAUUUUAUAAAGUAUUAUUAAUAUUGUGAUUCUUUCUAGAAAUUGCAUGAAAUAUAAUCCUUAAUAAAGAAUGACUGCUUAAUAAGCUUUAGAACAUCCUUAUGUUUAAGAAUUUAAGGGACAUUUUAAAUAAAAAUUAAGUGGUAAUUAUUUAUAUAUAUAAAAUAAAGAUUUUAAAUUUAUAUCUUUAAAGAAUGAUGAAUAAUUGUAUUCAGUAAAAGAAUAUUAAGAUAUUCUUGAUAAGUUUAUACAAUUUAGAGAUGGAGAUAUCUAAGAGUUCAAAAGAUAAAAUAACCAAAAAUUAUUAACUUAAUCAAAUAAUAGAACUAUCAUAUAAAGUCCAAUUAAAACUUUCUCUAAAAAUGAUAAAAUAACUUAAGAACAUUUAUAGACUUAACAAAAUAAAUUUGGCCCACGUAUUUAACCUGAGAACAAAUAAUUUGAAAAAAAUAUAACUCUACAAGAAUUUUAAUCUUGCGAUGCAAUAGAUUCUCUUUGCGAAAAUAAAAAAUAAUAAUUUCAUUAACCUAGAGUUAGUAAUGAUACUAAAAAAAUGAGUUUAAAAUAUUAAUUAAACUAAAGAAAAAAUUCAUAGGAAUUUUUUGAGUGGGCUAGAAGAUUGUCACUAUAAACAAAUUGUUCUUAAUUUUCAAUUUCUGAAAACUAAGGCUCAUUAAUAAAAUAAUCAGGUUAUUAUAAGCUUGAACAGUUUAAAGAGAAGAAAAAUCUUGAAUGAUUUUUAAAAUCUAUACAAAAAAUAUAGCAAAACAUUAUUCAAUUUAUUUUAAUCACUAAAUUCUCUCAAAACAAUUCUCUCAUAUAUGGAAUAUUGACUAAAUACGCAAUUUUUGUGAUCAUUAUAAACUUGAAUGGGCUAAAGAAAUUUUAAGAGUAUUAAAUUGAUGCUUAGAAUUUUUAGAUUCAUUAUCAAAUCAUUAAAUUGAAAAUAUGGUCAUUCAUUCUCAAUAUAUAUGAAGCUAAUCGUUUAUAACUUAAAAGAUUAUAAGGAUUGCAUAGAAGUAAAAUUUGUACAAGAGGAAAAUGUUGUAGAUGUUCUGGACCAGAAGGAAAAUGUACUUGUGAAUUACUCUGGGAACUUUUAUAACAAAUUACUUGUUAUAUUAAACAUAUAUUUAUGGCUGAAAAACUAUUGAACAUACAAGAAAUAAUGAUAUCUACAUUAAAUGAAAUUUAAUCAAACUAUUAUUUACUAAUAUAUUAAUAUUUACCUAAAGAAUAAGUAAUUGUUCUAUUAAAAAUUAUUAAAUUAGAUUGUUUAGAUUAGCUUUUUAAAUAAAAUCUGAUUGAUGGAUUUGUUAUUUCUGUUUUCAGGAAAUGUCCAUUUACUGAAACAAAUUAAUUGCUAAAACUAUUUGAUUUUAACUUAUAAUAUAAUAAAAAUCUUAAAAUGUUAGACUUUAAACUCAUUCCAAAAUUACUCAACUUUAAAAAUAUACAUUUAGUCAAAAUGUGUUUUUAACAUUAUUUUACUCAGCCAAUACAUUAAAAUCAAACUAUUUAUAAUUGUUAGAAAUAGAUCAAUUUUAAACAGAGGGUUAAUAAAUUAGUCAUUUUGAUGAUUAUGAUUUAUUCUAUUUUAAUGUAAAAUGUCCAAAAGUGUGGAAGAAAUCUUUGGAUAAAAAAGCUUAAACCUCAGAUGAUUUGGAAACUUUUAAAGUUUUCAAUUUAGAAGAUGGUCGUCAUGAAUCCAUCGCCAUAGAUGCUUUCAGAUCAAAUUCUGUAGGUAUGUAAAAUCAUGUUAAAAAAAAUAUGGAUUAGUUGAAAAUUCAAAAGCAAAAUUCAGGAAUUGAAAGAAGUUUACGUUAGAGAUAGGAUCUGAUUUAUUGGAAUUAGAAUAAAAAUCUUAAAACAUUUCAACUGGUACUGAUAAAUGUAUUACAAAUGAAACAGUUACUACAGAAACGACUCCUUUAAUUGAUUCUUCUAAAAAUUUAGCUGAUUAACAGUAAACUAUGUAAGAAUCAAUUUAUUUAACAUAAAAAUAUAAAUUGCAAGAGAGUGUAUAUUUGUAAAUACCCUAAUAAUAAUAAAUGCUAGAAUCUCUGUAAUUUUCAUAAUAAGAUAAUAAGCCUAUCCAAGAACCUGUGUAUUUUUCUUAGACAAAAGAUUAGUUAUAAUAAAUGUAAGAAUCUGUAAUGUUUCCUUAAAAAGACUAUAUAUAAAUGCAAGAAUCUGUAUAUUUUAUACCUCCCAAAUAAUAAAUGUAAGAAUCAGUUUAUUUUCCUUAAUAAUAUAAGUAAGAGUAAAAGUUGUAAGGAUUUGUUUAUAUUUCUAAUCAAAUGUAAGGUUCAGUGGUUUUUAUUGAACAUUAAAACUAAUAAAUGCAAGAAUCAGUAAUGUUAUAGGAUCCAAAAAAUAACAAUUUUGGUCAAUCAGAAAUGGUAGGAUAAUCAGUAAUGAUGGGUUUAUCUAAAUUUACUAAUAAUAAUAAUAAUAUUAAUAACCCUAAUAUUAAGAAACCAAAUAUUAAAAAUAACUAUUAAGAUCCUCUGUGAUAAUCAAUAAAUAUAGAAUAAAUAAUUGAAGAAGUAUCUUAGGUUAAAAAAAUAUAAUAGAAAAGUGUAAAGUUAAAAGUAUCUUUUUAAGAAUAAGAUGAUAAAAAGAAAGGAGAAAUUUAAAAUAGAACACCAACAAGAUAAAAAAGAAUUAAACUAAUUUCAUCUAUUGAAUAAUCCUCUUUACAUAGUGUUAUUAAUAAUCAAUUUAUUUUAAAUAUCAGUCAUUAAAUGAAGAUAAAGUCUGAGUAAUUUCAUAAAGUAAGUAUAGAAAUAUAAUAGAUAUUAUUAAUAAAUUUGAUUGGUGCAACUUUUGGUAGAAAUUAAGAUAAUUAAUAUGUUUUGUAAGAUUAAUCAAAGAUUUCUUCAAAACAUGCCAGGAUUAAAAUUGUGAAUGGUAAAUUUAUGAAAUAGAGAAGAUAGGUUUUCAUUUGUAGGAUUUAGGAUGUAAAAGAGGGACAUUUCUAAAUGCUAAUAAAAUGAGAAUAAAAUAGGCUAUGGUAUUUCAUAUUGGAGACAAGUAAGCUUUUCAAAUUUUAGAAGUUAAUGACAAAGAUGGAAGUUUAACAUUUGUAUUUGACAAGGAAUUAAUAGAUACGAAAUAAGUUAAUUUAAAAAUUGGUGAAACUUGGUGUAUAGGAAGAGAUUUAAAGAGAACUCAUUAUUAAUUUAUAGGAUAUCCAAUUCAUCAAUUAUUAUCAUAAAUUCAUUGCAUAAUUACUUAUGUUUUAAAAGGAUGGAGAACUAAAAUUUAUUAUUGAUGAUUAAAAUUCAAAAAAUGGUACUUGGUUAAGAUUAAGCGAUAAGAAAUUACUAAGUGAACCUCAGUUGCUAUUGAGAAACAGUAAAUUUAAUUUGGCUUUUGAGAUACAAUAUGAAGUGAUUGAUGUUUAUUAUUAAAAUAAUUAAUGA